AUGGAUUUCGAUGUGGAUGAUCGAACAACAGAAUCAUUAUUACGCGAUGAAUUACCAAGUCAUCUACCACGUUUUAAAUCUUCAACUAUCAAUCCAGACGUACAUAUAUCAUUUGAUGAAAUAUUAGAAGAAAUAGGUGAAUUCGGAAAAUUUCAAAUAAUAAAUUACAUUUUGAUAUGUUUUCCGGUUAUGUUUGCAUCAGCUAAUAAUUUCACAUAUUUAUUUGUUGCUCGACAAACUGAAUUUAGAUGUAGUGUUCCAGUAUGCGAUAGUUUUGAAUCAACCAUAUACCAAAAAGAGUGGUUACCCAACGCUUUACCAUCAAUUACGAAAGAAUAUUAUACACCGGCCGAGUGCGAAAUGUAUGCGCCUAUGCCAAAUAUGAUGGAUCUUUAUAAUGGAACAUGCUCAUCAAAUUUAUUUAAUCAAUCAAUUUUAGUGCCAUGCAAAAAAUGGAUUAGUAAAUACAAUGAUGAAAUUACUAUCGUAAAUGAGUGGAAAAUGUUUUGCAAAGACACCUGGAAAUUGCCAUUUGUUGGUACUGUGCAUUUUGCUGGAAUUGUAACUGGUUGUGGAAUAUUUGGAUUUUUAGCUGAUAGAUUUGGGAGAAAAUUAAUUUUUAUAUUUUGUAUCAUUUUUAUGAGUUUAAGUGGAGUCGCCCAAGUAUUUUGCCGCGGCUAUGCAUCAUUUAUUAUUUUAGUAUUUAUCAACGCCGUGGGAACAGCGGGAGUUUAUCCAAUGGCAUUUAUAAUGGGUGUGGAAUCAGUUGGUAAACAAAAACGCGAAUUAACAGGAGUUGGCUUGAACUAUUUUAACACAUUGGGAGAAAUCAUGGUUGGCGUUAUAGCUUGGACUUUUCCAAACUGGAUAAUCAUACAAUUAGUAUUUUCAGGACCACCAAUUAUUUUUAUUAUUUAUUGGUGGAUUAUCCCAGAAUCAAUUCGGUGGCUUUUGGUAACUCGUCGAACACGUAAAGCUGCAACUAUUAUUGAAAAAGUCGCUAAGAUAAAUGGUGUAACUUUGUCUGAAACAAUUAAAAUGUCAUUACGUGCUGUAGAAGCUGCCAAUAAAGCUAAAUCUUUAGAGCACACAAAGAACGAUGCAGAUCACGAGAUAUGGCCAUGUGUGAAAGAAAUUUUAAGUUCUUGUAAAAUGGUUAUUCGAUUUCUAACUGUUUUAUAUAUAUGGCUAUCAGGCGUAUUUGUAUUUUAUGGAUUAUCUGUCAAUUCAUUGAAUAUGAGUGGCCAUAAAUAUUUGAACUUCAUAUUAACUAGUGCAGCUACUAUACCAGGUUACACUCUCGCGUGGACACUUAUCUACAAAAUUGGACGUAAAUGGACUGUGUCAGGAACACUUUUUGGUUGUUGCUUUUGUAGUUUGGUGGUUAUAUUUAUUUCCAAAAAUUUUAAUUGGCUACGAAUUUUGCUAUAUUUUGGUGCAAAAAUGUUUGUAAGUUCUUCAUUAAUGGUUUGUUGGAUUUAUACAGCAGAGCUUUUGCCAACAGUAAUUCGAAGUGGUGGAGUUGGUACUGCAUCAACUAUUGCUCGAUUAGCAGCUAUGCUUGCGCCAUUUGUUCCGUAUAUUUAUCCAAGUAUUCCAUACCUCCCAAUGGUAUUAUUUUCUACAGUAGCAGGUUUAGGUGCAAUUUUGGUAUUAGUUCUGCCAGAAACUAAAGGAAUUAAACUACCAGAAACAGUUGAAGAAGCCAAAAGCAUCUGA